AUGCCGUCUUCACCAAAGGCCUUUGACGGGUUCGCGAACAUCGCUGCCAGAACGGACAGGUUGUCCACGCCUAAGCAUCUAGCUUCUCAUACUACAGCCAUACAAGCUAAGUCACCGAAGGCGCCAUCGCGGAUAACGGCAGGGUACACAGAACGUAAAGCCGCCAGGAGUGUUCCACACGUGCUGCGCGAACCGUCUGCUGCUAGUGCUCAUGGAAGCUCGAACGCGUCAAGGGGCAAGCUUGCUCGUCUACAAAGAUAUCACCGUCAGGCUUUGCAGCACGCCGCAAAUUACCACAACCUGGCCUCAAAUGCAACGUCUGCGUCCGCUUCCGACCCCGCAUUCCAACAGCAGGCCUCAACAGAGCUCUCUGGAUUCAAUACGAACUUUAUAGGCUUCACUUCUGUCCUAGCAGAACUUGGCGGCGACAACGGCGUCGCAAACCUGGAUCCCACCAACAACCUAGAGACCUUGCUAGAGAGCAUUAUCAACGCCAACAAAGACAUCUUCACGGUCACUUACAACCUUGUUGUCUCAUUGCCUAUUGUCGGUCCAAUCUUGGGUCCCAUCGUAUACGAUCUCAAAUGUACUCUGGACGACCUCCUGGACAUCGUCGAGAAUCUGACCGAUGCUAUCAUCAAUGCGAUACAACCCCUCCUUCAGGCUGUUCUCGGCAAGGCUGUUACCGCGACAUGCGCGUCUGGCGUCCAGGUUGUAGGUCUUUGCAUAUAA